AUGACCGUUUUCAAUGGAGAGGUCUGCUAUGUUCGGAUGAUCGUAGAUAUGGGGGCCGACGUAAAUCUCCCUUGCUUUCACGGUGGCAGUCCUCUAAUGGCUUCAAUAUUUAACAGUGAGGUUUGCCGUUUCCUUCUCGGCACUGACGUCAAUAUCGACCAUAGAGAUAAGGAUGGCUUCACGGCUUUACAUGUGGCCGUUUCUGGCAUGCAUAUUGACAGUCUCAAGGCCCUGGUCGAAGCCGGGGCUGAUGUUAAAAUCCGAAGUAAAGAUGGCAUGACCCCGUUAAUGUUGUCUGCAGUGAACGUCAAUGUACCGGCCCUCCUCUUUUUAUCAGAACAUCCAAUGUACGACGAGCUUGAUAAAAUACAAGCUAUGGAAGCUUUGAAUGCCUGCUCUCUUCUUGCGGGAGAGUCUGAUGUGUCCUUUUGGAUUCGCGCGUUGGAAAUGAGGCAAAGUGGUUUACCUAAAGACAGACCCCUUGCCAUGAAUGAGGCGCUAGAUUGUGUUCAAGAAUUCAGCACGGAGAGUGAACUGUUCAGACUUCAAGAAAACCCGUUGCAGCUUGCUUUUCAGGCAGUCUUGACACUCGAAAGGAUUUUAGGCCGAAGUAAUAGCACUUACAUUCACUCUCUAUUGCAAACUUCUUUAAUCGCCAAACGGAACAACUUGGAGAAAUUUAGGCAGCUCCUCGACCACGCCCAGAAAUCUUGCCUCUUUCUUACUAUCUGCAAUAUUGCUAUCUGUUCACGCUCUUUUCGAAAUGUAUUCAACGAAAUAGUCGCUGAUGGCGAUUCGGAGAGCUUUUUCAAAAACGGUGGCUUUGCUAUAUUUGAAAUGAUAGCGCGUAUCACGGGAGAGGUGUGGAUUCUCAGAAAGGACCAGUACUCUUCAACGCCUUAUGUCGAAGACUGUCAUUACAACGAAACGGUGGAUACCUUUCUCUACAUGGCGCAUAAGAUCAAAAACCUCAAUCUUUCCGAUGACCAAGUACAUACACUUUUUGAUGUGGUCUCAAGACUUGUCAAAAUAGAUCCCCGCACCGUCGCCCUCCAGUCUCUCUUACAUCGAGCCAUUAAAGCGAGUAAGAAACUUGAGUGGGGUUCGCUAGCGCUGGUCCGCCUCUUAGUUAAAGCCGGUGCCGAUGUUGAUUCCAAGGACUAUUUCCGUCGAACCCCGCUUAUGUAUGCCCUUAAGCAUGCCCCUAAUAGUAUUCUCCGUGAUGUUGUCUCUGUUCUUAUGGAAUAUGGAUCGCACCUGGAUUUGUCAAGCGGCGCAUGUGAUCAUAAACCGCCAAAUCACAUAUGGUGGUGUCGUGCCGAAAAUACUAAACGAUUUUGUGAACUUGCACCAGUAAAAGUUAAGGUGCCCCCCUCUCUCUCUCUCUCUCUGUGCCCCCCUCUCUCUCUCUCUCUGUGCCCCCUCUCUCUCUCUGUGCCCCCCUCUCUCUCUCUCUGUGCCCCUCUCUCUCUCUGUACCCCCCCUCUCUCUCUCUCUGUGCCCCCCUCUCUCUCUCUCUCUCUCUCUCUCUCUCUGCCCCCCCUCUCUCUCUCUCUGUGCCCCCCUCUCUCUCUGUGCCCCCCCCCCAUCUCUCUCUCUGUCUGUGCCCCCUCUCUCUCUCUCUCUGUAUGUGCCUCUCGUGUGGAUGCCCUUUCAAACUUUCGGACCUAUCUAUGUUCAUAUCUAUCUAAAUACAUUCAUUAUCCGACGCGUCCCUCUCGAUUCAACGAAACGGACACCGCGCAUUUGCCAGGGCGCGUCCGUCUCUAUUCAAACCAACGUAUACCGCGCAUUUGCCAGGGCGCGUCCCACUCGAUUCAAACCAACGUAUACCGCGCAUUUGCCAGGGCGCAUCCCCCUCUAUUCAAUCGAAAGUAUACCAGACAUUUGCCAGUGCGCGUCCUUUUCGAUUCAAUCCAAUGGAUACCGCGCAUUUGCCAGGGUGCGUCCCUUUCGAUUCAAACCAACGGAUACCGCGCAUUUGCCAGGGCGCGUCCCACUCGAUUCAAAUCAACGUAUACCGCGCAUUUGCCAGGGCGCGUCCCACUCGAUUCAAAUCAACGUAUACCGCGCAUUUGCCAGGGCGCAUCCCUCUCUAUUCAAUCGAACGUAUAUCGGACAUUUGCCAGAGUCUUACUAACACCCAUGAACCCAUUUACGUUGAUAUGCCGUAAAACUAAACCAAACCCUUUACUUUUUUCCCCUUUUUCUUUCUUUUUUCUUUUUUCCUGUACUUUUCUUUUUCUCUUUUUCUUUUUUAUCUUUCUCUUUUUCCUUUUAUUUCUCUUUCUCCUUUCCCCGCCUUACUUUUCUUUAUUCCUUUUUGUUUUUUCCUUUAUUUUUUCGUUUUUCAAUUUUUCUUUCUUUUUUCCCUCCUUUUCUAUUUACUUUUCCAUUUCCCACCUUUACAUUUACUUUUCUCCUUUUUUCUUACUCUUUUCCCCUCUUUUUACUUUUGUUACUCUUUCCCUCUCUUUUACUUUUGUUACUCUCUUUUUCCCCCUCUUUUACUUUUCUUACUCUCUAUUUUCCCCUCUUUUAAUUUUCUUACUCUUUUCCCCCUCUUUUACUUUUCUUACUCUUUGUUACCUCUCUUUUACAUUUCUUACUCUUUUCCCCCCUCUUUUACUUUUCUUACUCUCUUUCCCCCUCUUUUACUUUUCUUCUCUUUUUUUCCCCCUCUUUUACUUUUCUUACUCUCUUCCCCCCCCUUUUACUUUUUCCCCCCCCUUUUUUUUUUUUUUUUUUUACUUCUCUUUCUGUUCUUCUCUUCAGUCCUUUCCUUUAUUCUUCUCUCUUACUUUUCUCUUUUUCUCGUCUGCCCUUUUUUCCCUCUUCGGCUUUCAUCAGCAAAAUCAAUUUUCUUUCUUUCUUUCUCUCUUUUUCUUUCUUUCUCUUUCUUUCUCUCUUUUUCUUUCUUUCUUUCUCUCUUUUUCUUUCUUUCUCUCUCUUUUUCUUUCUUUCUCUCUCUCUUUUUCUUUCUCUCUUUUUCUUUCUCUCUUUCUCUCUUUUUCUUUCUCUCUCUUUCUCUCUUUUUCUCUCUCUUUCUUUCUUUCUUUCUCUUUUUCUUUCUUCCUUUCUCUCUCUCUUUUCCUUUCUCUCUCUCUUUUUAACUCUUUCUCUCUGCCUGCCUUUCUCUCUCUCUUAGUACUUCGUCGAGAGUUUCCUGGACAAACUAUCUAUCUACUAUCUAUCUAUCUAUCUAUCUAUCUAUCUAUCUAUCUAUCUAUCUAUCUAUCUAUCGCAAAAUUCAUUUCUGUCUGUCUGUUUGUUCUCUCCUCUCUCUCUUUCUCUCUCUCUCUCUUCUUUCUCUCUCUCUCUAUAUAUAUAUAUAUAUUCUGUUCUUUCAUAUCUAUCUAUCUAUCUAUUCUCUUGUGCAAAUAUAUUCAUUUCUAUCUAUCUAUCUAUCUAUCUAUCUAUCUAUCUAUCUAUCUAUCUAUCUAUCUAUCUAUCUGUCUUCUAUUUAUAUCUAUCUAUCUCAACCUGUUCAUAUCUAUCUAUUUAUCUAUCUAUCUAUCUAUCUCAACCUGUUCAUAUCUAUCUAUCUAUCUAUCUAUCUAUCUAUCUAUCUAUCUAUCUAUCUGA